UGUUCUUUUAAACUUCUCCAUUUUCAUUUUUUUCCUUUUAAGGCUCUUAUACAAUUUAACCUAUGGAGGAACAUUCAGUAACUGAAGGAAAAGAAGGAGGAGGAGCCUUCCAGAAGGUUCUAACCCCUUCCAAAAGCGACGACGUCGCAUUCUUCAACGGCAAGCCUGUCAUUGUCGCCCAGCCCCUCACAGUGGUCCGCGCCCUCACUAGCACCCGUGUCCUUGCCCCUCACAACCCUGCCGACUCGCCGAAUCAACCCAGAGGAAACGAAACAACCACCGGAAACAACGCAAAUGAGGAAAAGCCGCAAGAACAGGAAGCAGAUUCGAAACACGUUUCUUCUGAAAUACAAGAAGAAACGCGUUUCGAGGACGACGGAGAUUCUCCUUCGGAGGUGGUGAUGGAAACGCAGAUUGAGCAACAAGAGCCCGAAGGCGAAGGUAAACGCUCUAUGAUGUCGUUUGAGGAGUUUCUAAAGUCUACGAACACGAAAGUUGCGUCGGAAGAGGAGGCUCUGAAACCAGUUGCUGAGAGCGUUGUUGUUCGCGUCAAGGAGGAACCGGUAGUCGCCGACGAUGGCGACGUAGCGAUUCUGAGUUUGAAUCAAGCGCGUAAUGCUGAAGUGAAGAAGAAGGAUGAAGAGAGGAUUCCAGGACUCGAGGACGGUGAGUUCGAUGUGCCGCAAGGGUGGUUGCUUAUGGGAAGAAAGGUGGAGAUUGCUCUUUCGAUGGCGAAGGGAGUGCGGCGAUUGGUAGAUAAUGAGAUCGUUCACUUCGAUUUCCCUCGAGCUAAUUCGUCUCGCAAGUCUCAAUCCCUCGUUCGCAUCUCAACUAAGCGUUCCGGAUUGGUUGGGAGGCUUCCAAUGGAGUGGGCGAACACUGUAGUUCCUCUUGUGCAAUCUGGGUUUGUUCAGGUUCGAGGGCGAUGCAUAGGUGUACCGCAUAGCCUCAAAAUGAUGCAAGAAAUCAUGCUGUUAGUGAGCUUUUAUAUUCACCAAUCUGUAUUCACAGAAUGUGUUGAAAACUCUUGGAGCAUAGAAGCUUGUCGUAACCGUAGCUCUACCAUCAAGCCACUUCCUCAACUGUUCAAAAUGCUAGAUAUUAAACCAUAUCAGAAGGCCUAUUUCACCCCUGAUGAUGUUUCCAAAAAGCGGCCUCGAAAUACUGAGGUUGACCCAGGUGAAGCUGUAGCCUUACAUAUGAUCAAGCAAAGAAAGUUGGCUGAAUCAGGAAAGGGUGUCCAGCAGAUUCCGGAGCAGAAUGAGAAUGAACAAUCUCUUUCAGAGUCGGCUUUGAAUAAGCUCAUUGGAGCUUCAGAAAUCUAUGACCUGGAGGAGAAGGAUGCGCCACGAACACUGAAGUGUGUUCUAAAGCAUUACCAGAAACAAGCUCUCUAUUGGAUGUCAGAGAUAGAAAAUGGGAAUAGGGCCGAUAGUGCUGAGAGUAAUCUUAAUCCUUGCUGGUCUGCCUACAAAAUAUGUGAGGGAAGAAUGAUUUAUGUGAAUAUCUUCACUGGAGAAGCAACAACCACAAUUCCAAGAGCUACACAGAUGGCAAGAGGAGGGAUUCUAGCAGAUUCAAUGGGACUUGGAAAGACGGUCAUGACAAUUGCCCUGAUUCUCACUAACACAGGCAGGGUUAACUCAGAAAAUGAUAGUCUUGUCACUGGUAGGAGGAGAAGCAUAUAUAGGCCUAAUGGUGGCACUCUUAUUAUUUGUCCGGUGGCAUUAUUAGGUCAAUGGAAGGAUGAGCUUGAAACACAUUCAAAAGAAGACAGUCUCUCCAUAUUUGUUCAUUAUGGUGGGGGUAGAACCACUGAUCCUGAGUUGCUUGCAAGGCAUGAUGUUGUCUUAACAACAUAUAAUGUCCUGUCAGGAGCAUAUAAAAAUGAUGGAGAGAAUAGUAUCUACCACGGGGUCCAGUGGUACAGGGUUGUGCUAGAUGAAGCUCAUACUAUUAAAGCCCAUAAAAGCCAGGGUGCUAUGGCUGCAUUUGCUUUGACCUCACACUGCCGCUGGUGUCUAACUGGAACCCCUCUUCAGAAUAGCUUGGAAGACCUAUUCAGCCUGUUGUGCUUCUUGCGUGUUGAACCUUGGUGCAACUGGGCAUGGUGGAAUAAAUUGAUUCAAAGGCCUUACGAGAACAAUGACCCAACAGCCUUGAAAUUGGUAAAGGCCAUUUUAAGGACAAUGAUGUUAAGAAGAACUAAGGAAACUAAGGAUAAGCACGGGAGGCCCAUUCUUCUCCUGCCACCAGUUGAUACUCAUUUUGUUGAGUGUGAACAGUCAGAAUCUGAACGUGAUUUCUAUGAAGCCCUCUUCACUAGAUCUAAGGUUCAAUUUGAUCAUUAUGUUGCACAAGGAAAGGUUUUACACAACUAUGCAAAUAUCCUUGACCUGCUAUUGCAAUUGAGACGGUGUUGUAACCAUCCAUUUUUGGUUAUGUGCGGUAACUCAGAGAAAUAUGCCGACUUGAGCAGACUUGCAAGAAAAUUCUUGCAAUCAAGUGCUGAGUCACUUAACAUGUGCAGUAGUCAAAAUGAUCCACAGAAACAAGCAGAGUUGAAUAGACUUGCUAGUAAAUUCCUUAUCGAUACUGAUUCUACUUCGAGCUCCAUGCAAUCUCGUGCAUACAUUGAGGAGGUCUUGGAGCUUAUUCAAAAGGGUGAAAUCUUGGAAUGCCCUAUAUGCAUGGAGGCACCAGAUGAUCCUGUGUUUACCCCUUGUGCACAUAGGUUCUGUAGAGAAUGCCUAUUCAGUCACUGGGGGACAUCUGAGGGUGGUAAAUGUGCAAUUUGUCGUCAGCAACUCAGGAAAAGUGAUCUCAUUAUUUGUCCAUCUGAAAGCACGUUCAAGGUUGAUAUUGCAAACAAUAUGACAGAGUCUUCAAAGGUUUCAAAGCUCUUGGAUUACUUGCAAAACAUUCAGACGUCAUCCCCUGGCGAAAAAAGUAUUGUGUUCAGUCAAUGGACAUCGUUCUUUGAUCUGUUGGAGAAUCCACUGAGAAGGAGAGGAAUUGAUUUUCUGAGAUACGAUGGCAAAUUGACCCAGAAACAGAGGGAGAAUGUUCUGAGUGAAUUCAAUACAAAAGAGAUAAGGGUCUUGUUGAUGUCAUUAAAAGCUGGUGGGGUUGGCUUAAACUUAACUGCAGCCUCAAAUGUUUUUAUUAUGGAUCCAUGGUGGAAUCCAGCAGUUGAGGAACAAGCAAUAAUGAGAAUUCAUCGCAUUGGACAGAAGCGAAGGGUUGUUGUUAGAAGAUUCAUUGUCAAGGGCACAGUGGAAGACCGCUUGCAACAAGUGCAGGCCAGAAAAGAGAGAAUGAUAGCGGGUGCCCUUACUGAUGAUGAUGUUCGGACUGCUAGGAUUCAAGAUCUCAAAAUGCUAUUCACAUGAGAAUUUAUUAUUUUGGGGUAGAUGACUCGAGUCAAUAUUGUCUAUUAUCUAUUUUAUAUUCCGGGGUACUAUUGUAAUUCAGUGCUUCACAUCUUCAAAUGAAGCACAUUUUUUGUAUAGCUGAGUAGGGUCGUAUAAACAUUAUUGGAGCUUCUUUCUCAUAUGUUAGUCUGAAUUGGAUGACCUAAAGAAAAUAGUCUACUCGAAAAAGAAAAAGCAAGCUGUUUCCCAAAUCUUGAGGUAUUAUU